AUGGUCGAAUACAGAGCCGAGCCCGUCGAGGCCUCGGAGGAACGGACGGAGCCUAUUUCGCAAUCUGAGAUGGAUAUUUUCAUCCGGAGCAUGGGGAUGGAGGAGCAACCCGAUCCUCCGCCGAGCGAUUAUCAAGUGCCUCUGCACCUCUUGAAGGUCGAGGAUCGUCACCGAGAGGAGGGAAUUCGUCUCAUCUUUCGGCCACUGACCAAAAUAUCUCCUCGCGCGGUGAGUCCCGGUGGCAGCAACUGCCAGUGGCUAGCUCUGCGCGCCGAGGUCGCCUCAACCGAACAGCCAGAGCACAAGGUUCUCGCCGUGACCCAGACAUCCAAGGACAUCAAGUUCGCCGUCAGGAUCCCUCGUGAGACAAACGAUGGCGGCGCCCCGCGGCCAACCCUAUGGUGCGAGCUUUACUAUGACCCUGCAAGUGACAGCGUUGUCUUCCUGAACAAAUCCGAGGACCCAAUCCAACUCGUCUUGGUCUCCCAAACUUACCUGGCCAGCCCGCCAGCUAACGAGGGCCAUACCGUCAACCCGGGGUUUCCUCAUGAAUUAAGACCUGGGACAUGGAGAAUCAAGGUUCGACAUGUAGCCGUGUUAGACUUCAGAGUCCUCGAGAAGAGGCCAGUCACCGUUUAUGAACGACAGCCAUCUGAUUCUCGCGAGCUAGUGCUUUCGUCGCCGUCUUCGAGCUCAGACCAAAUCAAUGCCAAUAUAAAGCGGCCUCGAACUCCAGAUCGGGACAAUAUGCGUAUCAAGCGCCGGAUUUCUGACGGCGUCAACAAGACUGACGACAGCGCGAUUGAGUUUAUGCGCCCCGGUGCCGCUGACUCGCUUGUAUUCUCACUCCCAAACACGCGGCAGACCAAGGUGCUUGCAUCUAACACCAGCCACCCUCUGCUGGAUGCUGAGAACGGUGAGACGAUUGCUGUUUCUGGUGUUUGUGAACUGGAUGAGUAUCACAUUACCCCGCAGGAUCCCAUUGCCUCUACGGCGCAGUCCAAGGUCUACAGAGGACGCCACUCCCAAGUGCCAGACAACAUCGUCACGGUCAAGGUCCUCAAGACUCGUAUGGCGAAACCUGGAGAAAAGGCCUAUGUCAACGAGCGGAAUCUAAUCCGGCAGGCUCAAAUGUGGGAGCGUGAGUCUCAAACCCAAGAGGGCUUGAACCACGGCUCCAUUGUCAAGUACUAUGGAGGGGACGCCCGGUUCCUCUCCCUUUACAUGGAACAUGUCGAUGCCCAGGACCUAACCGCAGGACCCCGAUGGAGGAGCGUAUCCAAUGAUGAGUUUCAAGGCAACAGGGAGGACGCAAAGCGAAUCCUACUCAACAUUGGUGAGGCCCUCAGCUAUCUCCAUGGCCGCCACGUAGUACACAACGACAUCAAGCCCGCCAACAUCCUAUAUUCCCCCGAGCGUGGCGCCGUUCUCUGCGACUUCGGCCUAUCAACUGGCACGGCCAAGGAGCCGUCCACGGGUGGGACGCCAUACUACGUGCCACCAGAGUUCAUCGUGAACAAGUCGCGUGGGCCCCCGGCGGAUGUCUGGGCACUGGGUGUGACCAUGUUGUACGUGCUGCGCAAGAUUCCUCUACCCGACAGCAGACGCCACGUCAAGGUCCUCUACUGGCAGAUCGCGGGCAUUCACAACACCAACGUGCCCUAUAGAAAGUACGGCAACGGGCAGGGCGCUGCGUCGCAGAUGAAGGAGUGGCUCAGGAGGGUCCACGAGACACGCGAGAAGCUCAGUCCGCAGGACCGUCUCGAACGCAUCGUGUCUGAAAUGUUGGCUCCGCAGCCUAGCCAACGAAUCACCAUGGCCAAAAUCGUCCAAAGCUUGAACGGGGGGCCGGCCUCCCUUGCUGCUUAA